UCUUCCUCUGCCAUCUCAAAGCAGUAGCCGGUACAUCAUUGCAUCUAAUAUCUACCUUCGGUGGUCGUGUACUGCACUUGCACUCAAGUCAUUACCCCAAACCAUCCAACCAAACUAAACUCUAUGGCUCUGUGAAGACUGCCAAACAGUAUUGUAUCUUUUUUGUUUUCAAAACAUUUUAACACAAUCUUCUUAGUAUUAUGCCGACGUUUUUUCAAGAGGAAAUUUUCUUUUUGUUGUUGUUUGUGGUGCAAAUAAGCUUUUCUAUAUCUUCUUUUAAAACUGGACACACGUCAAGACAACUCAAAACGGAAUCAUCCGCACUAUACAAAAACAACAAAAACAAAAAAACCAAAUACAACAACUACAACAAUCAAGGUGGAAAAUCUCAUUUUCGCAUUUUAACAUUGUAUCUCAUCAACGUCAUCGUCAUCGGUUUUCUAUCUUUUGGCUUUUGCUGGCACCAAUGCAACAACCAUAACUGCACGUACUCGCAUAAAUGCUAUGAAAGAAGAAGGGAGAUGCAAUUAUUGCAUGCUGCUGGUUUUCUGUUGUUUGUUGUUUGUUGUGUUAUCCGUUAAUUUUCUCACCCUGGUGGUCGUUUUUUGUACUUUCUUAUAAAAGGUUGAUCAUGGACACGAUUCGAUAACAAUUCAUGUUUGGAUACUGCUAAGCCAUGAUCAUCAAUAUCAAAUAUUUUCUUAUUCUACAAUUAAUUCUCUUGCCAUUGCUUGUAACUGCAAGUAAUGCUCGUGGAAGGCGUCGACCAGGUGCUCGGACUGAGGCAACAGCAGUCGAAGAAGUAACAGAAAAAGCAGCUGGACCUGAUCAAAUAGCUAUGGCUAGUCGAACUGAAUCUUCCCGAUUUGGAAUGCAGCCAUCCUAUUCCUCAACUAAUCAAGAAACAGAAAACUAUCCAUAUGAGCUAAAUUUGAUCCGUCCCGAAAGCCAGUUUCCGACCAACCCAUCUGGUGUUUCUCAAUACAGUUUCGGCAAUGAAGAACGUCAGGUUGAAGAUGUUGAAACCGCAGAAGAAUAUGUUGCUAAAGCCAUGCAAAUGUAUGGAAGUCGUCUCCAGGAACCUAUAAGAAUCACUGCGGAAAAUACACCAACCCAAAACAAGUAUGAUGUCUUCGAAGCACCCGAACCUGAGACACAAACCCCUGCUCCUGUACAAGCAUCAGCGCCAGUUUUUGAAAAGGACCCCGUUACUCGGUCUUAUGACGUUUAUGAUUACUCAACUUAUGAAACUGUGUCCGAACAGCAAUAUGAACCAAAGUUUGAAACCAAAUACCGUUAUCAACCAAAUAGCAAUUCUGAAAACGCCUAUGUAGCUCCAUCAAUGAGGGGGCAAUCCAAUUCCGAAGAGGACCGUAUUAAGGCUGCAGCUUCUAGUGAAAUCCCUAAAGAAGAAAUCCUCAAGCAAAUUGAAAAAUCGGUCAUCAAGUACAUGAAGGAAAUGGAAGCUGAUGGAAAAAUUAUUCCCCCUUCUGAACCAAAGACAAACUACUAUAAAAUUCAACAAGCCGAAAACACUCAACGAACUCAAGCAACUCCAAAGCCAAAACAAUCCAGUUUCCAAUACUCGACAACUAUGCGCAAUCAAAAUCAAAAACCCGCUCCCAAGCAACAAAGUCAAUCCAACGAAGAGACUUAUUCGAGUUCUUCUCUACAUCAAGAGCUUUCAGAAAGUUUGGCUCCUAAUGUAGAAUUUAUUUAUAAAAUAAAAGCAAGAGCUCCCUUACAGUCUAUGCAAACUUCGAGGCCAUAUUCGAACAAAGUACCAGUAGAAUCCUUCGACCAUUCAGCGGCUCUGAAAAAUAUGGAAGAAUUUGACUUGUCUCAUGUUGUUCAAGAAGAACGAGUUGCAACUAAACCCAAACUGUUCUUCAACUCCGACAUUUAUCAGGACAUCAACUCGUUGCCAUACAAGCCGGAAAAACUUGUCAUCACUCGACCCCACAAGACUAAGGAGCAUCCGGAUUAUAAGGGAUAUUCACUCUACACGGAAGCCAAAGCCGAAGAUGACUCUGAAGACUCGGGAUAUCCAAUAAUGAAUCCCUAUCAAUUUGUCUUUAAGAAGGAGCCAUCAUCGCCUUCCCUCGUUGCCCAAUCAUCAAACUGGGAAAGCUCCCAUAAUAGGCCAUAUUCAUCAGCACCCCAAAACCAGAAGCCUCAAUUGGAAUACGAUACUUAUUCUCCAAAAUACAACAACAAUCCCGAAGGUUAUGGCUACCAGCAUCAGCAUAGUCAAAGCCACAAAUAUCAGGGACGUCAUCCAACUAAGCGAGGCAAGCGUGGCGGACCUCAUCCCCAUGGCAAGAAAGGCACUCGUGGAACAAAGGACCCAGAAGCUAAUGUAGCUCUUAGACCACCACCAAAGGUGUAAUAUUAUAAUACUCAUUAUCAAACACACAAUAUUAAUGUUUAACUUAUUGUUGUGGUUUUAUUCUAAGUUUUUUUUGCAAUAUUUAUUUAUUUGUUAUUUAAGCUUUUGUACAUUAGGAACUAUAUUUUUGUAUUUAUUUGCUUAACAGUUUUAGCUACGUUCUUCAAGGUUUGAAUAAAUUUGACUUGUAAUGUAGAUACCGUUUGGAUGCCUUAUCAAAAAAUAAAGCAUUAUU